AUGCAGAACGAUGGAGUAAUUGCUUACGCCUCUCGCCACUUGAAGAAUCACGAGGAGAACUACCCGACAUACGACCUGGAAUUGGCAACGGUGGUUUUUGCCUUAAAGAUAUGGAGGCAUUACUUAUUUCCACUUAAUAUCUCAUACCACCCUGGCAAGGCAAACUCUGUAGCUGAUGCUCUGAGUCGUGAGCUGGUGGCCACUCUGAUGCUUAAGGAGUGGGAGAUGAUGAAGUUCAUACAGGACUUCGAUAUCCAGCUCACCCUCGACGAACCUAAUGCUUACGUGGCUCUAUUGACUACAGAGCCAACCCUGGUCCAACACGUGAUCUCCACACAGGACCAAGAUGAAUGGCUAGUCAAAAUAAAAGAAAGGCGUAAGAAUGAAGAGAUGCCUGACUGGAGGGUUGGUGACAAAGGUGAUCUUUGGUAUCAGGGGCGAGUGUGUGUUCCAAAUGACACCAAAAUAAGGAAGUAA